AUGCCCGACCCAACUGCGCGCCACCGCGUCGUCAUCCUGGGCGGCGGCUUCGCCGGCCUGCAGGCGGCGUUCGCGCUGAAAAAAGCGGACGCGGACGUCACCAUCGUCGACCGCCAGAACCACCACCUCUUCCAGCCGCUGCUCUACCAGGUCGCCACCGCGUCGCUCUCGCCGGCGGACAUCGCGGCUCCGAUCCGGCACAUCGUCAAGGGUGUGCGCAACUGCCGGACGGUCCUGGCCCGGGCGAAACGCGUGGACGCGGAUCGCCGUGUCGUCGUGCUGGACGAGGGCGAGAUCCCCUACGACACGCUCGUCCUCGCGACGGGCGUGCGCCACGCCUACUUCGGCCACGACGAGUGGGAGGCGCACGCGCCGGGGCUCAAGUCGCUCGACGACGCGCUGCGAAUCCGCGACCGGUUCCUCCUGGCGUUCGAGCAGGCCGAGCUGGAGGAGGACCCGGAAAAGCGCCGCGCGGCGCUGACGUUCGUCAUCGUCGGCGGCGGGCCGACGGGGGUCGAGCUGGCCGGCGCGAUGGCCGAGAUCGCCCGCCGGGCCAUGAAAAAGGACUUCCGGCGCAUCGACCCCUCGACCGCGCGGGUCAUCCUCAUCGAGGGCGAGGACCGCGUGCUCAACGCGUUCGACCGCAAGCUCUCGAAUCGCGCCAGGGCUGAUCUCGAAUCACUCGGCGUUGACGUCUGGCUCAACACCCGCGUCACCGGCGUCGACGAGGGGGGCGUGGAAGUCGGCGACGAGCGGAUCGCCUCGCGGAACGUCGUCUGGGCGGCGGGCGUCGAGGCGCAGGGCGUCGGCGGUUCGCUCGGCGUCGAGACCGACCGCUCGGGGCGCGUCCCCGUCGAGCCGGACCUGACCGUGCCGGGCCGACCCGAGAUCUUCGUGCUGGGCGACCUCGCGAAGAUCACCGACCCGCGCACCGGCGAGGACGUGCCCGGGAUCGCGCCGGCGGCGAUGCAGAUGGGCAAGUACGCCGGCCGACGGAUCCGCGAGCGGCUCGAGGGGCGCGCGUCGGACGCGCCGUUCCGCUACACGGACAAGGGGAUGCUCGCGACGAUCGGGCGGGCGAGGGCGGUGGGGAGCAUCGCGGGCAUCAAGAUGGCGGGGUUCGUCGCCUGGUUCCUGUGGGCGGCGGUGCACAUCUUCUUCCUGAUCGGCUUCCGCAACCGGCUCGUCGUGGUCAUCUCGUGGGUGUGGGCGUACGUGACGUUCCAGCGCGGCGCCCGGAUCAUCGUGCCGGAGCACGAGGACGAGCGCAUCGAGGAAGACACGCCGGCCUCGUCCGGCGUCUAG